AUGCGUAGCACAAGGUCGAGCAGAGGUAGGUCAUCAGACUUCACACAUUCUGAAGUCGGAAGCAUCGCCCUUCAACACGGAAGUGUCGCAGAACAACCUCCACCAGGAUUUCAGCGGCAGUUCGAAUUCAUCGAGGGACUAAACAGCAAGGCUGAAAGGAAGAAGACAAGGUCGUGGGUGACGACGCAGCAUUAUCGCAGGAAGCGGUUCGAGGAGUGUGGGGCUGAAGAUACCGCAGACGCGGAGAAGAAGAAGAAAGCGAAGCGCCGACCACGCUCAACACCACCGUCCAGAUCCUCCAAGUCGGAUGAGAAUCAACCACCGCGGACGAAACCAGAAGGCCAUGCAAAGGCCGCACAUAUGAUAACGGGGACAAACCAGGCAUUGCCUCUGCAGCGCCUGGGAAGCGGCCGAGCAGAUCCGUUCAGCUCGUACCCGAUUCCUGCUACACCGGACGUGCACGAAUUGGUUGAUCACUUCUACUUCGUCAUCCCAUCACUUGUCCACAAAUACUGGCAAAGAGCGGCUCGCCGACCCCGAGCGUGUUGGGAUCUAUUCAACCUCUACCGCAUGCAUGAGAUCCCCUUUCUGGGCAUGCUGCACCACGCAGCGCAUCAUUUGGCCAGUAUGAGAGGGCAACAGGAAUCCCUGCAAGUGAUCGAGUUCAAGCAACGCAGUCUUGUGGCAGUGAAUCGAAGGCUUCAGAUCCUACAAGAGCCUUGCGACGAUUGGACCAUCAUCGGAGUCGGUCUGCUUGCUAACGCUGAGCGCGUCUGGGGUGACCGCGAGAUAGCCAGGCUGCACUGGGGAGCUCUGAAGCGAUUACUGCUCAAGCGUGGCGGGUUUCCCUCGCUCCGACACAACACAGCAAUGCACACAAAGCUCGUCUGGAGCUUUAUUGCCCUCUCGGGGCCGACCCCAGAUGGCAACCCGGCGUACGAGGACAGCUGUACAGAGUUGGCAGGCGCAAUGCCCGGCUCUCCAGCCAAAGAUUCCGACAGUGCCUUCAGAAGCAGUUGCGAGGAAUUCGUCCGUUUCUUCGAUACCCGACGGCGUCAGGCCUUAGCAAAUCUCCCUUCGACGCCUGCACAGCAGAGGGAGUUCAGGAGCCGCCGUUUUCAGAAGACAAUCUUCCAGGACGGAUCCGAGCUGUCCCGGGCGCUGGAAAGCAAAGACAUGGGCUAUCUGAGUGCUGAGAAGCGUAGAUCAGUAGAAAAUUGUCGUAUGGCGUGUUUGAUUCACCUGAACUUGAUCAUGACCGAUUAUGGCGACUUUUCACAGCCUACUGAGGAUUAUCUGCGGUCGCUGCAACGCAUCCUCGACCAAGACGACGAUGAUAGCAGCUUAAGCGCCGAGCAUCUCCUGUGGACUUUGCUCGCUGCAUUCCCGCCCGAGGAGAAUUACAAGCGGAUAUGGCAGAUGUGCCGUCUGGUCGACGUGGCCAAGUGCGCGAGGGUACAUACCUGGGUCGCCAUCGAGAACGCGCUGAGGACAUUCUUGCGGGCACCGGAGUCUGUGGCUGAGCUCGAGGCCGUCACGUCAGGUUGGAACCGCGAGGACCUUUUAGCAGAGGUUCGGCGGCAUGAGGGCACUGACGGGACCGAGACACUCUCGUGUAGGCGACACGGCGCUGAUGCCUCCUGCUCGGAGGAUUGCAAGAUUUGUCCUCUCAGGCCUGCUACAUUCUGA